AUGGACUUGCCAACUACAGCACGUGGAUCGUUUUACGCACCGCUUAUCAGACGUUCAAGUAAUGUUUGGAAAAAGUUUGAACGUGGCACAAAACUUUGGGGCAGUGGUACCGUUGACAACUCCACCUUCAAAUCCGCCGGAACUACAGCUGUAGAGUUCGAUGUAAAACUAGUGGAACAAGGUUAUUAUCACGGACUAUUAUCAAGGGAAGAUGUGCUGUAUCUGUUGCAGAAAGAUGGUGACUUCCUUGUGCGGAUUACAGAGUACCGAAUGUCUCGGGAGUACGUACUGACCGCGACUAUCGGGAGGGCUGCGGCUUGCCUGACUGUGGACGAAUCCACAGUGCAAUCCGACAGAUUUGGAACGUUAAAAAUCCGAAUUAAACGACCAGUCAACCUGGCGUCAUGGGAAUUUCGUACCGAUGGCUUCCUUCUUGGUGAAUCAAUUGGCAAAGCGGGCUGUAUCGAAGUGAGAAAGGGCUUGAUACAGAAAGAAGAUCAAAAAAUCGAGGCGUCGGUGACCACGGUGGUGGGGCGAUCAGUUGAGGCGAAGGUGACCAAAAACGAGCUAAUGCGACAGUGUCGAAUGCUUCGCGAUCUGCAUCAUCCAUGUCUCGUUAGGUUCUACGGAGUUUGCCUGAUCUCACAACCGUGUUGCUUUCUGAUGGAAUACCUCUCAGGUGAUGUCACUCACUAUGAAUGA